UCCUCUCUCCCAUUUCCUUUUCCCAUCCCCUGGGGGUGAAGCUUGGGAUAUGGCCCCUCCUGUUGGAUGGGCAGGGCUUCUAUCGGUUUCCUGCAGCCGAUACACUCAGCCCAGGGUGAGCUGCAGAGCCGGAGACAUCCCAGCUCCAGAUCGAUAAUCCCCUCAGGAUCUGUGCAGGAGGCAGCGGGGUGGUGCCCUCCUCCGCCCGGUGCCCGCCGCCGCACAGCCGCCUGUCCCCGGCUUUCUCUGGACUGGUGCAGCACAGGACAGCACCCUGGCUCAGAAGGUGAUCCCCUCCUCUCCUCUGAGGAUGUCUCGGAAGGUGCAGAGGGGCGAGGUGUGUGCAGACUGCAGUGCCCCAGAUCCAGGUUGGGCCUCCAUAAACCGGGGAGUGUUGAUCUGUGAUGAAUGCUGUAGUGUGCACCGCAGUCUUGGGAGACACAUCUCUAUUGUCAAGCACCUCCGACACAGUGCAUGGCCGUCUUCUCUAUUACAGAUGGUGCACACGUUGGCCAGCAAUGGAGCAAAUUCCAUUUGGGAACAUUCCCUGUUAGAUCCUGCGCAGGUUCAGAGUGGCCGGCGUAAAGCCAACCCACAAGACAAGCUUCAUCCAACAAAGUCUGAGUUCAUUCGUGCCAAGUAUCAGAUGCUUGCGUUUGUGCACAAGUUACCGUGUCGUGACGAUGAUGGAGUGACCGCCAAAGACCUCAGCAAGCAACUUCAUUCCAGUGUGAGGACUGGGAACCUGGAAACAUGCUUACGUCUGCUGUCUCUUGGUGCUCAAGCCAAUUUCUUCCACCCGGAGAAAGGGAGCACUCCUUUACAUGUAGCAGCUAAAGCUGGACAAGUCCUUCAGGCUGAGCUUUUGGUAGUGUAUGGAGCUGACCCGGGGGCUCCUGAUGUGAAUGGAAGAACGCCAAUUGAUUAUGCCAGGCAGGCGGGUAACCACGAUCUUGCAGACAGACUGGUGGAGUGUCAGUAUGAGCUUACGGACAGACUAGCCUUCUACCUCUGUGGCCGAAAGCCAGAUCAUAAGAACGGACAUUAUAUCAUUCCUCAGAUGGCCGAUAGAACACGUCCCAGGGGUGUGCCACAGAGUUUGGACCUGUCUGAACUUGCAAAAGCUGCUAAAAAGAAGCUUCAGGCGCUCAGUAACCGGCUUUUUGAAGAACUGGCCAUGGAUGUCUACGAUGAGGUAGAUCGAAGAGAAAAUGAUGCAGUCUGGCUGACCACUCAGAAUCACAGCACGUUGGUCACGGAGCGCAGCGCUGUCCCAUUCCUGCCGGUUAACCCUGAAUAUUCUGCUACAAGGAAUCAGGGUCGCCAGAAACUGGCACGUUUCAAUGCCCGUGAAUUUGCCACUUUGAUCAUUGAUAUUCUGAGUGAAGCCAAGAGGAGGCAACAAGGCAAAACCUCUAUAAUUCUAACAGACAACUUUGACUACACACUGAGGAAUAAUGACAAUGACUGUGAUGAUCAGCACGACUAUGACAGUGUAGCUUCUGAUGAAGACACAGACCAAGAGCUGCUCAGAAAUUCCAGGAACAAUCGAGCCAGGAGCAUGGACUCCUCUGAUCUGUCAGAUGGUCCCAUAACUUUGCAGGAGUAUCUGGAAGUGAAAAAAGCUCUUGCAACAUCAGAUGCCAAAGUUCAACAAUUGAUGAAAGUAAAUAACAACCUAAGCGAGGAGUUACGGCGACUUCAGAGAGAGAUUCAUAAAUUACAGUCUGAGAACUCACAAAUCCGUCACCAGACUGGCCCUUCACCACCUCCACCAGCAAAUCCCGAGAGGACUGAACACCAGUUACCCUCAGCCCACAGACGAGACCGGCAAGCAUUUUCUAUGUAUGAACCAGGAUCGGCCCUUAAACCAUUUACACAGUCCACAGAUGACCUUAGUAGUCGACUGCAGCCAUUCCACCCCGGUAUCCGGAAAGGCAUCUCUGCCUCUUCUGUGCCCUUCCCCCCUCUGUCCUUCCCUCUGUUCCCUGGACCCCCGGACAAUACUCGGAACAUGUCUGUGAAGGCAGACCGACAUGGCAGCGGGGCAGACAGCGACUAUGACAAUACGCAGAGUACAGACACAAGCACUGGAAUGGAAGGGCGAAGGUACCUAGAAUUAUCCCGGGAUGAAGAUUUCCAUGCUGACGCAGAGGAUGUAGAGGUGGAGUUGGAUUCGACCUUACCCAGCACAGAAGAUGUGAUCCUCAGGACGGAACAAGUGACCAAGAACAUUCAGGAACUACUGAGAGCUGCACAAGAAUUCAAGCAUGACAGCUUUGUACCCUGCUCUGAGAAAAUCCACUCCGCGGUAACAGAGAUGGCCUUGCUCUUUCCCAAGAAACCAGCGCUGGAGACUGUACGUUCCUCCUUGAAGCUGCUCAAUGCCAGCGCUUAUCGACUUCAAAGUGAAUGUCGCAAAACAGUUCCACCAGAGCCAGGGGCGACUGUAGACUACCAGCUCCUCACGCAGCAAGUCAUUCAGUGCGCCUAUGACAUUGCCAAAGCAGCCAAACAGCUGGUCACCAUCACCACCCGGGAGAAGAAACAGUGACCUCUGUACUCCUCUAAGAACAUUGUCCUUACUAAAGGCGUACAGAGCUACCAAGACCAUGGGACAUGGUGGGGGGAGGUGGGGGGAGAGCCUUGGACAAGUCCAAUGCUUCUAAGCUCCAUGCCCUGGAAAUAUUUAUCAUGCAGUCCCUUACAAUGAGAAAUGCCAUAUAAAUGCCCUGCUGUACAUUCAUCAUGGCUUAAAAAUUACUCCUACUGUACACAGGCAUAUAUAUCCACAUACGUGCAAAGAAGAAAAAAAAAGCUUGCGGUUGUAGGUCCCGUCCUGUGGUCGGCUCAGUAUUCCUUGUGUUGUAUAUUAGGACGUAAGGUCUUGCCUGUGAUCUCUGAACUCAGCCACAAGUCUCUCCUAGCUGCCUAAUGUUUACAUACAGAAUGCGAUAGGUGUAAGCACAAUUAUGUUCUGGACCAUGGGCAGUAAAGAAUGACUUACGCCCAAAGCAAUUGUAUUGCAAAUCUGCAAUUUAUUGGUCAUCGUGUGAUCCACAAAUUGCAUGAAUUCUACAUUACUGUCAAGAAUAAUCCUUACUUCUGCCAGGUUUCUAUUUUAUUUAAAAAAAACAAAACUUUUUUUUGCUAUAAUCUGAUUCAGAAUGCAAACUAGAAUUAAUUAGGUGUGACACACAACAACUUUGUGCAGCAUGGGUUUUCAACUAACGUUAUACAUGACCCUGAGACAGGGAAAUGUUUCCGUAUAUCCAGCAUUUGUAUGCAUGGUGUUCUGGUUUCAAAAGACCAUUUCCGAUCUUGUCCGCUUUGCUUGGUAUAAGUCCAUUGGUCAUCGCUGACCUCGAGCAGGUUCCAGAAUAACUAGCUGGGCUCUGAGCAGGUUCCUGAAUAACCAGCUGGGCUCGGAGCAGGUUCCAGGAUAACCAGCUGGGCUCGGAGCAGGUUCCAGGAUAACCAGCUGGGCUCUGAGCUCGGAGCAGGUUCCUGGAUAACGAGCUGGGCUCUGACCUCUGAGCAGGUUCCAGGAUAACCAGCUGGGCUCUGACCUCGGAGCAGGUUCCAGGAUAACCAGCUGGGCUCGGAGCAGGUUCCAGGAUAACCAGCUGGGCUCUGAGCUCGGACCAGGUUCCAGGAUAACCAGCUGGGCUCUGAGCUCGGAGCAGGUUCCAGGAUAACCAGCUGGGCUCUGAGCAGGUUCCUGGAUAACCAGCUGGGCUCUGACCUCGGAGCAGGUUCCAGGAUAACCAGCUGGGCUCGGAGCAGGUUCCAGGAUAACCAGCUGGGCUCGGAGCAGGUUCCAGGAUAAACAGCUGGGCUCGGAGCAGGUUCCAGGAUAACCAUAGCAACCUCCGACUAGAAACUAUACCAAAGUAGAUGAUAGCAUCUUUGUUUCUUCUUCUAAUUCCUUGCAGCUGAAUGAGAACUGUCUGAGUGUAACAUCUUUCUUAUUGCAUCCGGCAAGGAGAAUGCGGAGUAUGCAGCUUCCACGAUAACUGCUGCUAACAUUGGCGCACGCUUUGUUUUAAUCUCUGUUGAGAAACUCUGGCACAUCUUUUUGUGAUGCAAGGCCUCGACAACGUUGGAAGCAAACUUUACGACAGUACUCCAUCUUAAUCCGCCUUCCUGGGAACAAGUGACCGAUAGGAGCACGACGAGGGGGCUCGACUGCAAAGCUCAAAUAAAGAAGCUGGAAAUGCCUCUUGCAAUGGGGCGUACAUACCUUACAGUAGUAGCACUUUGUAUAUUUGCCAAGGUAAACCUGCCUCAUUCUAGCAGACAUUAUAUGUGCCAGGUUCGAGGAAAAAAAAAAAAAAAAGAAAAACUUUGACCAACCUUUCUGAUCUUUCUGUUUUGCUGUGAAUGGGUCACUCAGUGGGGCCGACACUAAACGUACACUGGAAUCUGUAUAUAUAUACAUGCAUAUAUAUAUAUAAUAUAUUAUAAACAUCUCUUUUUAGUAUUUAGGAAGGAGGGAUUAAUGCAGAAAACUGCUCAUGUAUUUUGUAGAAAACCACUUUAAGUUCAUUUUCCACAAAGGCUUCGACAACCUAUUGGUUUUGGCACCCUUUGCCAGUUCAGGGAUGAAAGGUGGUGUCCGCUUUGGAAAAAGGGUCUGCCUUUAUACCAGUGGUCUUCGUACACUGGACCUCCAGCUGUUGCAAAACUACAUCUCCCAGUAUGCCCGGACAGCCGUUGGCUGUCCGGGCAUGCUGGGAGUUGUAGUUUUGCAACAGCUGAAGGUCCAUAGUUUGAAGGCUCCUGCUGUAUAUAGAAGCAGCGCCACUUUAGGUGUUGCCGAUGGAAGAGGGGGGUGCUGUUUUAGGAACAAAAUGUGUGCCCUUUAUUUAUAAACUCAAAUAACACAUUUUAUCCUAUUUUCUCCAUGACUUGCAUUGAGUGCUGAGAAAUACAUUUUAUAGGUUGCCUAAAACUGCUCCAAAAAAAAGAGAGUAGCACAAUGCCACUUUCCGUAGCCAAGUAGGGAGUUACUUCUAUGUGACUGUAAAUGGGAUAAUUUAUUCUAUUUGUGCAGUAAGUGUCACAACCAUCUCGUCUUCUUUGCACUGACUUAUUUUUUUUAUGGCCUGUGGUUGUUCUGGAGGGAAUUGUACCUUCUCUUAUUAAGACAUUGGACACUGUAGUUGAGCCUUGGAGGUCGGUCAGGGCAGCUGGAGGGCCACAGUUUGCAGAACAUUGUUGUAUAGAACAUAAUGAUGGCAAAUCUGUGCCUCAAUAUAACCUCCGGGAGCGCAACUGCUGGUGCUCCAGCCUGUACCUAGCAAUAGAAUGACUGUGAGCAUUGCUACAAUUCAACAUACACACAACCUCACAAGUGCUGUCUACAAACAACGCGCUUAAAUUCUGACUGAAAUGACUUGCCUGCCUCUUACGUUCCUCAUGUGACUUUUUAGUUGCUAAAAAAAUGCCAUAAACUGCUUAUACUGUUGUCUGUAAGAACUCGGUGGUGGGUGUUUAUGUAAAAAAAAAAAAUGCAUAAUGUACAUUUGUAUCAAAUUAAACAACUAACACUCCUAUGUCCUCUGUUGAUUUAA